AUGGCUUUCUCGGUUAAAGGACGAUCAGCCAUUGUGACCGGUGCCGGCUCAGGAAUCAACCUGAGUUUCGCCCGUCUCCUGCUGGAGAACGGCUGCAAUGUCCUCAUUGCAGACUUGGGUCUCCGUCCUGAGGCUCAGGUCAUUGUCGACAAGCACUCGGGCAAGGACAGCACCUCCCGAGCGGUAUUCCAACCGACGGACGUGACCGACUGGCAGCAGCUUGAGCGGAUGUUCGAGGUCGCAGAGCGAGAAUUUGGAGAGAUCGACUUGGUGUGUCCGGGAGCUGGAGUCUACGAACCGCACUGGACCAACUUCUGGCGCCCUCCUGGAACGCAGGCCAGUAAGGACUCUCCCGCUGGUGGCCGGUACGGCCUGAUAGAUAUCAACCUGACACACCCGAUCCGCGUCACUCAACUCGCCAUUUCUCACUUCCUGCACAAUCGCGAUUCCAAAAAGCCCAAGCACAUUGUCCACAUUUCCAGUAUUGCCGGGCAAAAUGCAUCCUUCGCUGCUCCGGUCUACUCGGCCACUAAGCACGGUAUCAGCGGUUUCGUGCGCUCCAUGGCCAAACUGGAUGAGCUCUUCGGAAUCCGCGUUACGGCCGUGGCACCAGGAGUUAUCAAGACUCCAUUAUGGACGGACCAUCCGGAGAAGUUGAAGAUGAUCGACACGGCGGACACGUGGGUCACCGCCGAUGAGGUGGCCGAGGUGAUGCUGGCACUGGUGCAACAGGAGAAAGUCGGCGAGGUUAUUGGCGACAAGUCCGGCCAGGGACAACAGUUCGAGGUCAAGGGUGGAACUAUCCUGGAAGUUUCCAAAACAGUGCGCGCUGUAAAUCCAUACAACGAUCCCGGUCCUGGAAAGCGUGCCGGAAACACCGCAUCGGACACGAGGACGGUAGAGGAAGAGUCGAUUGCAUUGUUGAAGCAGCCGGGAUGGGGAAAGUCGAAGCUGUGA